CCAUCGUCCCCAUCAGGUGUGCGGCGAACUCCAAGCCUCUGGUAGGGAGUAGACCCCACAACCCAAAAAAAUCGAACCUUUACUAGACCCAGGGCGAGAAUCCCCAUUGUAAGAAGAUGAAGCAACCUCUCUAAAUCUCUUCCAACGAUUGUAAUGGCCGCCCACGAAGAAGACGUAGCGGCAGAACUCGAAGCCGUGCAAGCAGUCUACGGCGACGAUUGCGUCCUUCUCGAUUCCUAUCCUCCCCAUCUCCACCUCCACAUCAAACCCCGCACCGCCGACGUCGCUUCCCAACAGUUUGUGGAAGCCGUUAUUGAAAUUCGAGCGGGUUCUCAGUAUCCGGAGGAACCGCCGCAUAUAUAUGUUAUAGAUUCAAAGGGUCUGGAUGAGGAAAGGCAAAAGCAUCUUACAAAUUAUAUAAGAGAAAAAGCACGCGAGCUAUCGUCUUGUUUGAUGCUUGUGGCAGUUUGUGAGGAAGCAGUGGAGAAGCUCUCAGCUAUGAAUCACCCGGAUGGCGAUUGUCCUCUGUGUUUGUGUCCUUUGGUCCCAGAGGAGGAGCAGAGUAAAGUCUUGCCAUUUAUGAAGUUGAUGUCUUGUUUCCAUUGCUUUCACAGUGAGUGCAUUAUUAGGUGGUGGAGUUGCAUCCAAACAGAAGCAAAAACCAACGCCUCAACAAGUGCGCAUCUGCGUUCUAUUAGAGGGACCAGAGAUCACAAAGAUACACCAGGAGCUGUGGAAGAGAGUAUGGGAAACUGUCCAGUUUGCCGCAAAGGCUUUCAUGCGCAGGACUUAGAACAUGUGCUUCAUUUGGUUGGCAAUGAUUUCUCUCAAUUUAGCUUGGAUGAAAAUGAAGACGAUGACAGUGAGAAAUUCCUGCAGUCUGAUACAGAGAAGGCCCGAAGAGAGAACUUUGAGGCCAUAUUUAAGUUACAGCAAGAAAACGGUGGUUUAAUUGAACCUAAGAAAAAUGUUGUUAUCGUACCUGGUAUGUUUCUUACACCACCAGUUGCACCUUCUAACUCUGUGGCAGCCAAAGAACCUCCUGAAGAGCAACAGAGAGAACCCCCAGUCACGUCAGGCAUGCAUUCUGGUGGUUCCUCAGGGAGGCAUAAUACCAAUGAGCAAAGGAGUUCCAGCUCAAGGAAGCAAAGAGUACGUAAUCCAAGACGACCUGCCAAACAGUGGAUUAGAAAAGAAAGUGACAAGACAGAGUGAGCAGUUGGUAUGUUAUUUUCAAAAAUGAAUUUAGAAAACUCAAAAUGCCAGAUAUAUAAGAGUUUGUUUUUUAUCUU